GCAGUGUCCUCUCCUCUCCUCCUCCUCCUCACAGCUCUGGGUCCUCCCCCCCUCCUCCUCCCAGUAAGUAGAUGAGUCCGAUGCGUACAGGAGACACAUCACCGUCCGUUAUACAGAGGCACGCGCCGGGCAGGACCACUGACAGAGCCGGGCGGGGGGGAGAUGCGGGCGGCUCGCGCUCCGGUUGUGCUGUGUGGAGACGGGGAAGCGGCGAUGGAGCCGGCGGGGCCCGGAGGGGGUGGAGGAGGAGCCCCUCCGCCGUUACCGGAGAAGAAAAAGAAGCUGAACCGGGCUCCGUCCCCGGCCCGCCCCAAGGAGCUGAGCGGCUGGUCCCUGUCCAAGGCUCGCCGAGGUUCUCCGGUCUCCCUAUCGGUCAUCCCUCCCGGGCCCCGCCGCCCGCUGCCGUCUCCCGGGACUGCCAAGAAGCCCGUGGUGGCCCCAUCCCGUCCCUCCGGGGGGAAGGGCGGCAAGGCGCGCCGGGGGCCCCGAGGAACGGACAGCAGCUCGGAGGGGUCGUGUGCCUCAGAGGAGAACAGCAGCAGCCGGGGGAGCAGCGAGGGGACGUCCAGCCGGAUGCAGCUCAGCACCUCCAUGGCCUUCUCCGACCUGACCGAGGACAUCCUGGACGGGGCCACCGAGGGGCUGAUGAGGGAGAUGGAGGAGCUGUGCUCCGAGAACGACUAUCUCAAGGAUGAGAUUGAAGAGCUGAGGUCAGAGAUGUUGGAAAUGAGAGAUGUCUACAUGGAAGAAGAUGUUUAUCAGCUGCAAGAGCUCCGGGUACAGCUGGAACAAGUGCACAAGACCUGCCGGAUCCUGCAAUACCGGCUGAAGAAAGCCGAGCGCAGAGGACUGAGAGGGGCACAGACGGGACAGGUCGACAGCGAAUUCAUCAAUGCCCUCGAGCAAGAUGUCAAGGUGGCCAAAGAUGUCUCCAUUCGCCUCCACAAUGAAUUGGAAGUAGUUGAGAAAAAAAGGGCGAAACUGGAGGAUGAGAAUGAAGAGUUGCGGCAGCGACUGAUCGAAACCGAUCUGGCCAAACAAGUAUUGCAGAAUGAGAUGGACAAAGUGAAGGAAAACUCUUUAAAAAAGAGAAGGUCAGGAAAAGUGGAGAAGAAACCAUCUCCUCAGGAGGACAAUGCCGAUCUUAAAUGCCAGUUGCACUUUGCGAAGGAGGAAUCUUCUUUAAUGUGUAAAAAGCUAACAAAGUUUGCAAAGGACAAUGAAACAAUGAAGGAAGAACUGGUGAAGUACAGGUCCAUGUACGGAGACCUGGAUAGCUCAUUGUCCAUUGACGAACUAGCCAACACGCCACAUUCUAGGGAAGCUGAGCUGAAGUCUCACCUCAAACUUGUUGAAGAGGAGGCUAACCUCUUGAGUCGAAGGAUAGUAGAACUUGAGGUUGAGAAUAGGGGUUUAAGGGCGGAAAUGGAUGAGAUGAAAGUUCACGCUGAUCGAGAACAUCUUAAUCAAGAGUCGAGAUUUUCUUUCUUGUCUGGAGAAUCGGGAGACAGUUUUGUGGAGCUCAGACGGCAUCUUCAGUUUGUGGAAGAAGAAGCUGACCUUCUCCGGAGAUCUAUGAUGGAGUUGGAGGACCAAAAUAAGCUACUGAUGAAUGAGCUGAAUAAAUACAAGUCUGACCAUGACCUGGACAUAACCUUGUCGGAGGACAGCUGUUCUGUCAUUAGCGAACCUUCUCAAGAGGAACUCACAACUGCCAAAAUGCAGAUCAGCGAACUCAGUGGCAAAGUCAAGAAACUCCAGUAUGAGAAUAGGGUGCUCCUUUCCAACCUUCAACGAUACGAUCUGGCAUCAUGUCAAACCACGAAACCCUUCAUGGAGACAGACGCUGAAGCAGGAGAUUCUGCGCAAUGCGUCCCGACUCUUUGGCGAGAAGGACCAAUUGGUGGGGAAAUGGAUAGUACGGAUUCAAAGGAAUGUGCGGAGAAGGGAACUGUUAAGACUCCAGAAACUUCCCACACAUCACCAGCCUGGUUACCAAAGAUUAAAGAGCUGGAAAGUCUCUAUGGCAUUCGGGCACAAGUGGAAUUGAUUAGCAAAGCAAUAGAAGUUUUGACAUCCUAUGCCAAUGGGUUUCCAUCAGGUGUAAAGCUCUGCACAAAUAAUGACUGUGGGGAUCUCUUGCUGACGGAAGCCAUUGAUAAUAGUGAAGUCGCGAGCAACGCCAAGCUGAUCGGUGCCAUUUUUAGUAGACUUGGGGUGUUGCAACAGGAGCUGAAUAGUUUUACCAAGAAAGUUGACGCUCUUGGAGAGUCCUACAAAGGACAGCAGGAUUCCUCAUUGUCACUAUCGGAUACUACCUAUCAAGGUACAUCGAACGACUGUUCCAAGAAAGAGCACAUCUCCAGUUUACAGCAGCCCGAGUGUAGGAACUGUCGUGAGAAGGAGACAUCCGGCUGGGAGAAGAUGGAUGGGGACCACAAUAUUGAUCACAUGAGAAGCUAUAAGACCUAUCAGCCUGAAGACAACGAGUCCUAUGCAGCAGAGAUUAAAGACCUGCAGCUGGUGCUGUCCGAAGCCAAUGAGACCAUACAGGGGCUGCAGGAGCAGCUGUCACAGGAGAGACAGUUGAGGAAGGAAGAUGAAGAGGCCUUCCACCAGAAAGUUGCUCAGCUGAAGGAGGAUCAGCAGAAACUAUUCCUAAGACGAGACUUUGAGCUCCAGAGCCUGGGCCUAGAGAGGAGACUGGAGCAGAAGUUCUGGAGCCAGGAGAAGAACGUCCUAGUGCAAGAGGUGCAGCAGUUCAAGCAGAGCUUCUGCCUGACCUUCAUGAAGCUCAGGUGGUUUCUUCAGCGUUGGCGGAAGGGAAAGGUCCUACCAAGCGAAGGAGAAGACUUUCUGGAGGUAAACAGUGUGAAGGAGCUUUACAUGCUAAUAGAGGAGGAGGAAUUAAACCUUCCAUGUACGGAGUACAAAGCCUGCGACGGAGAAAGUUGGUCGCAGAACAUGACUAUCGAGUCCAUGAAAAACCUUACUGACGUUAAGAGAAUUCUCAAAGACCUUUGUAAUGAGUUACAGGAAGAAAGAAGAGGAAUGAACGAGCUACAGCAGCAGUUUGCAAGAGCAAAGGCAGCCUGGGAGAUGGAAAGGACUGAGCUGAAGCUGGAGUCUAGUAAACAUGGCGCAGACAGAAACUCUCCGGAUAUUAAAGCUGCUUUGAAACGGGAGCGAGAAGAGCACCAACAUCUUCUGGCGGAGUCGUACAGCGCGGUCAUGGACCUCACCAAGCGCCUGCAGGUCAACGAGAAGAACUGGGGGCAGGAAAAGGAGGAGCUGCUGGCUCGCUUCCAGGAGGAGCGCAAGAAAAUAGAGGAGCAAGUAAAAGACCUGCAGCAGGAAGGAGGAGAGUCGUGGGUCAGAGACUCAGAGCGCAAGAGCAGCUGCUGGAAGGAGGCGCUCAAUGACAAGAUGCAGGAUAAAGAUAUUGACUGUGACAUGGAUGCUAAUGGGACAAUUUUAAAAAGAACAAAGUCUGUUUCAUCCAUCUCAGAGUUUGAGAGUUUGCUGGACAGUUCUCCUUAUCUGCCUGGAAAUUCGCCCUCUAAUGAGAAGAGCAACGGAAUGAAUGGAGUUGUGGACUCCCAACACCUGGCCAAUGGUUCCAUAGAUCCAGACAUUGGCCAGAAAGGCUGCCCUUACAUGCACGACAAGUCCUUGUCUGAGCACUUGGCCAACGACAAGCUGGAACUCUCUUCUUGGGAUUACACCUCGCAUAAGACUAGGAAGAGUGGAGAGCCAGGUCAAAAGCAAAUACAGAGAAGCUACACUGCCCCAGACAGAACAGGAAUUAGGAUUUAUUAUAGUCCGCCCAUAGCGCGCAAACUAGAUGUUCCUUUGGUUCGCAAAAAAGAAGAAAGAAUUAUGGUAGAACCAGGAUUCCUUUUUACCAUGGCAAAGCCUAAAGAAACAGAAGAUUCAGAAUGCAUUUCUGGAAGUUCUUACAACCAGUGGUUGUGCAACUUCUCCAAAAAGCAGAGGGAUCUACUGGACAAAGACGGCACCAAGGACCCUUCUUCUGUUUCUGCCUUCCCAUCUCCAUUGGGCGAUUUAGAGAUCUCAGGGAACAUGAGUGAUGAUAUGAAAGAGAUCACUAACUGCGUUAGGCAAGCCAUCCGCUCUAGCUCCCUGGAAAGAAAGACCAAAUGCACGUCCAGCCAGACUCUUUCCAGCAUAGGUGUCCAAACGGUCCGAAUGGUUAACGUUGGUCUUCAAACUGAUCUCCCCAGGACAAGCCUGCAUGCAAAAAGUUGGUCACCAAGAAGCUCUUCUCUACUGUCGGCAAAGACCAAGCAUAUAUCAACAUCAUUGGAUAAGGUCCACUCUCGGAUUGAGCGGCCUUGUUGCUCUCCCAAGUAUGGCUCUCCCAAGCUCCAAAGGAGGUCAUUGUCAAAACUAGACAAUUCUAAAGAUCGAAGCCUGUGGAACCUUCAUCAAAACAAACCAAAUGGCUCUGCCUGGGCCAGGUCUACGACCACUCGAGACAGCCCCGUCCUAACCAACCACUAUGAUGGUUCAUCUAGCCUGUUCAAUGUAGUGGAUCAUGCUGGAAGCACUGAGUCCCUGUGUAAACCGAGUUUGACCGAGGGCAGAAAUAAACUAGAGGCCUCAAAGUACGGGAUCGUUCAGGAAUUCUUCAGGAAUGUAUGUGGCCGUUCAGCUCCGGCUUCUAGUACAGGCGCCGAAAAGAAAGAGGUGGAGGACGGUACCAAAAGGCCUGACAACCAUGAGCAUUGUUCAUCUGCCAUGUGCCAUCCAUCUCACAACGUUUCUAAACUGCUGAGCAAAAGAACCAGCCUAGGGAAUAAAGAUGGCGGCUCCAAGGACUCUGAUAUCACUUCAACCUCAGCAACCGAAGAUUUUGCCUGUAAUUGUAGCUCGCACCCCGCAACAUCCUGCUUCUCCAGACCGUCCCGCCCCCACUCACGCCAAUCCCACAGCAAGUGCCAGCUCCACCUAGAGUUGGGGCCCGAGGAUAAACCUGCAAGCGGAUCAUUCUAAAGGGUCAACCUUCUGCUCCUGUAUUCCAAGUCAUAUCUCCAAACCCAACCUCCACCGAAGGACGGUUCAUUGCAGAAUAACUUGUGUAUACCCUCAUUUCUGUACAUAGUGUAUCAAAUUUAUAUUAUUUCAUUGAAAACAUACUUCACUGCCCUACUGCUCCUAAAAUAGCACUUAAAAGUAAUUUGUGUACCUUACGGUAGGUACUAAACACACCGAAUACUGUAUGUAAACAGUAUCAGUAUGUCAGUAGGAGCCAAUUGCACAAACAACGUCACUGUCGUAAAUUGUUUGGGCUUAUAACUGGACGCGGUUGUGUCCCAUUUUCUGAACCAAGCUCUUAAUCAUUCCUCUUAUUGCACAAGAUGGCUACAUAGCCCUUAUAUCUCAUGGUAAAUGGAUUAGUCUGACCGAGACUUGUAUUUCAGUUAUGGGUGGAUACUGGUGGACUAGAUCACUCCAGAUCGGAGAUCUGCUCGCUGUCCUUGCUAUGGAGUCUUGUUCUUCCUGCUACGGGAGAGUUGGACCUUUUGCCAUAGACGCCGGUGUUGGGACCAUGGAGACUUGCAUGGGUGCUCAACCUGUGGCUCUCCAGCUGUUGCAAAACUACAAU